UAGAAAAAAAAAUUAGACACUCACCGUAAAUUAAGAAAAGCCUUUUUAUUGAACUUAUGAUCGAAUAAGUUUUCAAAUUAACGCUCUCAGUAAGAAAAUCUGAACGAUCUGUAAAUUAUGGGGAGAGAAUCUACAAAACUAUGUUUACGAAACGAAUUACGGUCCGUCGGCCGAUAAACAAAAAUUUCAAAUCAACAGUUGCUACUCUUGAGCACACAAUAAACGAGGUUAAUUCAAAUUGACGGGCGUCCGCGAUGAAAGGAUUGAUUCUUCUUGUGGGACUUAUUUAUUUUUCCCCGAGAAUUUCUACGAGCGAAAUAAGUACAUUUUGUUCUUCAGAUGUAGCAGAAAAGAGUCUUCCAAAUUUGAAAUCACUGCAGUCAAAGCAAAAGCAAGUUAACAACCGCCUUUAUGAUUGGACCAAAGCUAAACUGGGAAGACCUGCCCCCAGCUGGAAGGGGAUUGCUGUAAUAAAUGGAACUUUCCAACAGAUAUCAUCAACGGAUUAUCGUGGAAAAUACUUGAUACUUCUUUUCUACCCUCUUGAUUUCACAUUUGUCUGUCCAACUGAAAUACAUGCUUUUAACAACAAGAUCAGUGAGUUACGCAAGUUGAACACAGAAGUUGUUGCUGUCUCCGUGGAUUCACAAUUCGCUCAUUUGGCUUGGAUUAACACUCCCACCAGCGAUGGAGGGCUUGGAAACAUAUCAUUUCCGCUUCUGUCUGAUCUUAGCCAUGAAAUUUCAAAAUCUUACGGAGUCUUUGCACCUGAGGUCAAUCAUGCACAUAGGGGAUUAUUUAUCAUCGACCCAAAAGGAAUUAUUCGUCACGUAACACUCAAUGAUGUGCACGUUGGAAGAAAUGUUGAUGAGACGGUGCGUCUAAUUCAAGCUUACCAGCACACAGAUACUCACAAUGAAGUUUGCCCAGCUGGUUGGAAACCAGGUGAAAAAACGAUAACCGUUCAACCUUCCAAUCCAUGCCACUCCAAAACACAAGAAGGAACCGAGUCUGCACCUAAAACGAGGAAACAUAAAAUUAUAACUAUCCCUCCCAAAGGGCUUCAGUGCAAGAAAUGUGAGGAUUUUUCAAGGAAGCAAAGAAAAAUCUCUCAAUUUUUUGAAAAGGGGGUGAACUUUCGACCAAGUAAAAUGCCGACAAUUUCAAAGUAGAUUACUAACAGCCAUUUGAUAAACCUACUUUACUAUGUAAACACAUUGAUGCAUUAAGGAAGAUAUCCACAGAAGAGAUACAACAAAUGUAAUUAAAUGUUUAUUAUUUAUUUGUAUGUAUCAAUUAAUGAAAGUUUAAGGAAUAAA